UUUGAUGUUUCGAGCUGCGGCCGGAUUGAAAAAAAGUGGUCUUGGAUCCUCAGAUGAGCGCCGUCACCCCAAGCACCGUCCGAGGUUGUUCUUCCACUUGCAAAUUGCAAAUAGACAUGCCGAAGGGCGUUUAGACGAGGGAGCGAAAUGACGCCCCCGCCGCCCCUGUUGGAGGUCAAAGCGAUCGGGCGUCGGAAGGGCUGAGAGAUGCUGGGGGCCUGGUUGCUGGGGGCGGCACUGGUGGGUCUGGCCUCGGCCGCCCCCAGCGCCUGCGACCGCUCCCGGACGGUCCUGGACGGCCCGAGAGGUCGCUUCAGCUCCGGCCCGCCCGGGUCGAACUACACGCAGGACUCGCACUGCCAGUGGCUCAUCCAAAGUGAUCUUGGGGCCGGCUGGAUCACCAUCAAGUUCAACAGGCUCAGCACCGAGUGCUCAUUCGAUUACAUCUUUGUUUUCGACGGGGACUCCCCUGAGUCACCCCUGCUGGCAUCCUUCAGUGGACAAACGCAGCCGCAAAAUGUCACUGGAAACUCCGGAAGUAUGCUGGUGGUUUUAUACUCGGACACAAAUUACGUUCUGGAGGGCUUCGAGGCCGAGUACUUUGUGUCUGCAUGUCCCGCCGAUUGCAACGGCCGUGGCUCCUGCACCGAGGACGGCCUCUGUGAGUGUCAUCAGGGCUUUGGAGGCCCCGAGUGCUCCUGGCGCUUGGCCGCUGAGGGGCCCAGUCAGUGGGCCUGGGUGCCCCAGCGGGGGAUGCGCGCCAGGGCCGCCCACUCGGCCGCUUACGUGGCCGCCUCCGACCGCCUCUACAUCUUCGGAGGCCACGAUCUGAACAGGCCCAUGGGGGACCUGCAGGCCUUCGACUUCAAGGCCAACGAGUGGCUCAACAUUCUGGCCGAAAACGUGCCAUCGCCCAGAUUCUCACACGCUUCAGCAAAUCAUCCUCUUGGUUUUGUGAUCCACGGCGGCCAGUUGUCGGACGGAACGUUUUCCGAUGAGCUGUGGGUUUACAUGGAAGCCAACAAGGAUUGGUCUGAGCGAGGACUGUCCUGCACCGUGCGGCCACCCUCUCUGGCCAGACACUCGCUCACCCUCGGCCAGCACGACUGGCUCUACCUUUUUGGCGGCCAAACCGAAGACGGCCACUUUUCCAACCAGCUGUGGCAGCUCAGGGUCGGCCGCUCCCCUGAAGAGGACGAGUGUCAUUUGAUCGAGGCCAAAGCUGGGAAAGAAUUGAGUCUGCGUCUGGCCGGACACUCUGCAGCUUUUCAUGCCGACUCGCAAAUUCUGUUUGUUUACGGAGGCCUUGCAGUUUCUCACGCCAAAACGGCGGCCCUGUCUGAUAGGAUGUAUGCAUAUCAUGUUGAGAGUGGAGUUUGGUCCGAGCUGCACUACCCGCGCUCGCAGGACGCCAACAUCCCUCGAGAGCGCGCCUUCCACUCUGCCUCGAUCGUGGGUGAGCUGCUGGUGGUGGUGGGGGGCUACAGCCAGCGCCACCACCAGCACGAGACCUGCCACGACCGCUCGACCUACCUGUACCACCUUCAGUGCCACACCUGGCUCGAGGUGCCGCCCCUCAAGGCCCAGCUGCCCGAGGGCCGCUACUCGCACGCCACCGCCCUCAGGGGCAGCCAGUUGCUGCUGACAGGUGGCUACGGGGGCAAGGUGACCUCCGACCUCUUGGUGUGGACCCCCCUGGCCGACGGCAGGGUAGUCUGCGUGCGCCUCAAGGGCUUCCUUGAGUGCACGGCCAACCCUGAGUGCGGCUGGUGCUCGGCCGACGACACCUGCCACCCCCGGACGGCGGGGGCAAACUGCACCACCAACCUGCAGACCACGCGAUGUCCAGGUAUCUGUCCAGCCCUUUCCGACUGCCACUCGUGCCUGGCCCUUGGCAACGUGACCAAAGGCGACUCUAUCGCAGUUGGUUUGAGGCUGGGCCAGUGUUCUUGGUGCGUCCAGACUGCUCGGUGUUACCCCAGAGAUGAUAAAUGGGGGAUGUGCGGAGCAAAAGAAGACACGCCUACGCAGUCUCCGGGCUGGUGGGGCUCCAAAGGAACCGAGGUGCACCAGAUUUCUGCCUGCACCAAGUGGGACAGACGACCUGGACUGACCCUUCUCAAAUAUGCACACCCGGCCAAUUUCUCCCAGCCUGAUUAUGUGAGUGUGGUGAACGCAACCUUGGUGGAGUUGCCGUCGUUGGCCGGCCUGACCGUGGGCAGCGACGCAAUGGCGCGGCUCCUCGGAUUUCUCCGAGUGCCGGCUGCGUGGAACGACGAAGCGCUGUGUCUGUGCGUGGAGCACGCGGCCGCCUUCCUCAGGGUGUCACCCUCACCAGGGUCGCUGCCUGUCAUGGUGGCCAAUGUCUCGACCGAACUGCGUCGCUGUGGCCGAACGGCGUGGCCCACCGGCAAUGACGCAAAACUCAGUCCUGGCCGCCUGGCCAUUGAGUUGGUGGUGCGCCAGCCCCUAGGCCGCAACCAGGCCUCUUCGGCCGUCGUCCAGGUCGCCCAUGGUGGCCACUGCGGACCCGACCACAAAACCAAGAUGUUUACCUUUGAGCAUUUGGAGGCGUGGGAGGGUUCCGAGUGCGGGGUGCACCACAACUGCCUGCAGUGCGUGGCCGACCAGGGUUGCGGGUGGUGCGAGCUGAACGAGCGGUGCGUGUCGCGCAACACCAAAGAGCAGACGAGUUGCGCGCGCCCCGAAGGCCACUGGCGCUUCCUAACCCUGCAACCUUCAGCCUGUCCGCGGUGCUCUGAUAUCACGGCGUGCGGCGCCUGCGCGGCCAAUCCGCUCUGCGAGUGGUGGCCCCACGAAGCCCAUUGCACGCGCAGGGGAAGGCUUCAAGGCGCCGUCCGGCAGAGCGAGCAGUGCCCUGCCGAGUGUCACUUGCGGAAAAGUUGCGGACAGUGUCUCUCGGACGCCGGCCCAUGUGUUUGGUGCCAUUCCAGACAGGAAUGCUUCUUGUUUUCCGCCUACACAUCUCAAAUGCAAUUUGGGCAGUGCCACGAUUGGCAAGACAAGGCGCCGUGCAGGGAGUGUGAGGCUCUGACAAACUGCUCAUCUUGUUUGCGCACCCUAGGCUGCGGUUGGUGCUAUGAGGUGGACAACCCUGUAAACGGCAACUGCGCCGACGGAGAUUGGACCAGUCCAAAAUCAGGUCUAUGUCCUACCUAUGCAUCAUCAAACUCGUCAUGGGCGUACCGGACAUGUCCGGAUGUGGAUGAGUGUGUGCUGGGGCUGCACGAGUGCCAUCCGGCCGCAACCUGCAUCAACACGCCUGGUGCUUACGAAUGUGCUUGUCCGCACGGUUUUGUGGGCGACGGGCGCCGCGAGUGCCGCCGCACCUGCUCUGUCGAGUGCAUUCACGGCCACUGCAGCGACUCGCCCGACUACAAGUGCACCUGUGGCCUUGGCUGGACGGCCGAGGCGUGCAACGUCUCCUGCGGCUGCAACGGCCACUCCUCUUGCGUCGAAGGGCCAGGCCUCUGUGACAAGUGCCACCACUUCACUGCAGGCCAAAAUUGUUCAGAGUGCAGUCCAGGAGCUUUUGGGGACCCAACGUCUUCAGAGGGUUGCCUGCCCUGCGAGUGCAAUGGGCACGGGGAUGAAAACAUGGGGUUGUGUGACCCCGCGACGGGCCAGUGUUUCUGCGCAGACAACACCGAAGGCCCGACCUGCUCGCACUGCCGAAGAGGCUUCUACGGAAACCCCCGAAACGGAGGGUUGUGCUACAGGGGUUGCACCCCCAGGGCUCUCCUCUCAGGGCUCAAACCUGGUGCUUUUGGUGCUGCUGACGCUCGUCCUCUCGACGAGUGUCUUUGGGUGAUAUGGCCGCUGGCAAACAUGACGCAGCCGCCGGCCGUGGUGAUUCAGAUGCGGAUCGAGGCACUGAAGGUCGAGUGUGGCCUGAAUGCUGUGUACCUGUUCGAUGGCCUCCCUUCGAGUGGCCAUUCCCUGGCUGUGGUUUGCAACAACGACACCAUUCUUCCGCUCACAAUAGAGGCCAGAUCUGGUCUUCUCUCAAUCUACUUCCAAAGAGGAGAGUUUGGCGAGUCUUUCAACGCCACAUAUAAAGUGUUCAGUUGUCUGGACGACUGUUCAGAUCGAGGCAACUGCGUGGAUGGCGUGUGCGUCUGUUCGGAGGGCUGGACAGGCCCGAGUUGUGCUGGAGUGGUUUGUCCGUCCAACUGCAGCGGCCACGGCUUCUGUGAUCUGCGCCUCGGCAGUUGCGUUUGCUCGCAAGGGUGGGGCGGCGCUGCCUGCGACACCCUAACACACCAGCGUCUGGCCUUUUUCACCCUGUUCCAAGCAGACACUUUGCCGGACAGCGUCGACCACCUGCGAAAGACGCUGCCUCGCUUCGGGCACUCAGUGGCUUUGGACAGGAGAGGCGGUCUGUGGCUUUUUGGCGGGUUGUCUCUGUCCCUGGGGCCAUUGAACGACAUAAGGUUGUUUGACACAAGGAACAGGACCUGGAUGCAGGUUACGGUGGAUUCAACAAGAGAAGCGUCUUUGCCAGCCGGGCGUUACUUCCACGCUGCGGUGUUGGUGGCGUCUCGCCGCGAGUUUUUUGUUUUUGGUGGUUUGAGGGCCACCCGAGGGCCGGCAGAGGGUCCCUUUGGCUGCAGAAGUUUCGCCACCAGAGAUCUGUGGGUCUUCAGCCUCAAGUCGCACCGAUGGGAGCAGAUCGAACCCCUCGAGAGUCCUCCCGCCCUCGCUGGCCACACUUUGGUGCUUCGUCCCGGCUACGGGAAACCUUCGAGUCUCAUCCUCAUCGGUGGUUUGGACCCCUGCCGAGGACCUCUGGACGACACCUGGGUCUUCCUGCUGGACACGAGAGUCUGGUCCAAACUGCCAGUCACAGGAAACGGGCCCCCAGGAAUAUUCGGACAUUCCGCGACCUAUCACGCAUCAACGGACGUGGUUUACGUCUUCGGCGGGUACGUAGGACCCAGGGCAAGACCCUCUGACCACCUGUAUGCGCUGCACAUGGGCUCCAGAAUUUGGACCCUGCUACCACCCUUUGCUGAUUACAACCCCAUUGAGUUUCCAAUGCCGAGGUCGCGCUCCUUACAUUCCAGUGUGAUGGCCGAAGACUACCUCCUGAUAUUCGGAGGACGCACAUAUCCACACAGCCCACCUGAUCUGCUACUUGCCUACAAUUACGCUUGCAGUUUGUGGGUGCAGCUCCUGCCCUCAGAUUUGGAGGUGGUGGGGAGUGCGCCGUCCAGCAGCGUGGGCCAGGCGAUGGCGCGCGACGCCGAGAGCGGCGCCGUGUUCGUGGUGGGCGGAUACAACGGCGCCGCGCUGGGCCGCGUGACUGCAAUUUCGGCGCCGGGGCAGCUGUGCGGGCUGUUCGCGCAGAACAAGGACGCGUGUCGCGGCGUGCGCGGCUGCUCGUUCUGCUCGCUGCGAUGGAAAGACGGCGCCGAGAGCUCCACCUGCUUCGCCGCCGGCUCAGAAGACGCGUGCGGCGCCGCCCACAACGCCACCGUCGUCAGCAACAACGGCCAGCGCUGCGACGCCGCCUGGCUCGCCAAGCGCGAGUGCGGCUCCUCGCGCUCCUGCGCAGAGUGCCAGGCCCUCUUUCCUCUCCAGACGCACGAGAGCGGCGCGACGUGCCGGUGGUGCAACGGGCGUUGCGUGCACGCGGCGGCCGAGAGUUGCGGCGCGCCUGCGUCGUGCCAGUCGCCGUGCGCAAGCGCAGCAAACUGCGCGUCCUGCGUCGACAGGGGUUGCGCGUGGCGCGACGACGCUUGCGCCGAAUCGCCGCCGAGCGAAGGGAGCGCGUCCGGUGCGUGGGGGCGGUGCCCCGCCCCCUGCGCCGCGCAAGUGACGUGCCGGGCGUGCCUGUCGGGGGCUGGAGGGUGCGCGUGGGCGACGCGCAGCAACACGUGCGUGGCGCUGGCGCAUGCGCCGCUGCUGUGCGCGGGGGGCGCGUGCGGCCUGCUGCUGCGCGGGGGCACCGACCGCUGCCCCCAGCCGUGCACGGCGCUGACGCAGUGCGCAACGUGCUUGCGCCACGCGCGCUGCGGCUGGUGCUGGACGCACGCGCUCAACGCCACCGGCCAGGGCUUCUGCGUCGACGGCUCGAUGGACGGGCCCGACGCGCGCGCCACCUGCGCCGACGACACGCACAGCUGGCACUACGCCGAGUGUCCGCCCGAGGACGAAUGUUCCAACGGACACCACAACUGCGACCCCCAGUCCGAACGCUGCGUCAAUCUGCUCCAUGGCUACAAGUGCGAGUGCAACGACGGAUACCAACCUGACAAAAACGGCGGCUGCAUCCCUGUGUGUCCGCAAGGCUGUGUUCACGGACGCUGCGUGGAGCCGAACAAGUGUGAAUGCGAUUUUGGCUACGUCGGAUCUGAUUGUCGCCUUCAGUGUCAAUGCAACGGCCAUUCCCAGUGUGGCGGACCAGAAGCUUUGGACAAAUGUUCCAAGUGCUUAAACAACACAGAGGGCGCGCAGUGCGAGCGGUGCAAGAGCAACUACGUGGGCACGCCGGCCAACAAUGGACGGUGCGUGCCGUGCGCCGAGUUCUGCCACGGACACUCGUCGACGUGCGUGGACGGUGGCGCCGCCGCGGCGGUGUGCGUGCGUUGCGCGAACCACACGGCCGGCGAGCGGUGCCAGGUGUGCGUCCACGGCCACUUCCGCGCGUCGGACGCGGCGCUGGACGCGUGUCGGCCGUGCGAGUGUCACGGCCACGGCGACGCGUGUGACGCGGCCACCGGCGGCCACUGCAACUGCCACAACAACACCGAGUCGGACGCCCAGUGCGCUGCCGGCGCCAGGGUCGGCUCCGGCGGCGCCCCCUGCUGGCGCCUCCAGUGCGCCCGCUGCAAGGAAUACUUCAUCGGCACCCCCACGGGGGGCCACGCGUGCUAUCGGCAGAUGUCAGUUGAGCUUGACUACUGCGCGAACGACAACUGCGGGUCGCUGGACGCGGGCCGAGCCGCCUUUUUCGCGGUGCAGCCGCGCUUCAUGAACGUGGACAUUCGGCUGGUGGUGGACGUGGGCGGCGCCGGCGCCGACGUGUGGCUGGCGCCGCGCGAUGACGCGUUCGUCGUCGGGCUGGACGGACGCGUGGCGCUGGACGCGCGUCUCGGCAACGCGUCCGUGCUCGAGGUCGGCGCCCACGGCCUGUCCACGUUCGCCACCCUGGGCGGCGCCCACGCCCUCGUCGUCCGCGCCCUCCGCCACCGCCUCGUCGUCACCCUGCCCCAGAGUUCGCACGACCUCGCCGUCGCCCGAUUCUACGUCGCCGUCCAGGCCAGGGACGCGCCCCUCCACGGCCAACUCCACUUCAGACAGGACCAGCUACACAUCGACCUGUUUGUGUUUUUCUCGGUGUUCUUCUCGUGCUUCUUCCUGGCGCUGGCCGCCGGCCUGCUGCUGUGGAAGGCCAAGCAGGCGGCCGACCUGCGGCAGGCGCGGCGCCGACACGUGGUCGAGAUGCUGCACCUGGCGCGGCGGCCAUUCGCGUCGGCCGCCGUCGUGCUGGGCGCGGCCGCCGGCCGCCCGCGGCGCCACCGGCGGCCGCGCGAGGUGCGGCCGAUGGCGUUCGAGCCGACGGCCGACGGCCUGGCCGCCGUGGCCACGGUGCUCGUCGAGCUGCCGAGCGGCCCCGUCCGCCUCGCCCUCGCCUCCUGCCUCGUCCUCAUGGCCCGGAGGCCGCCCGCCUCCUGACUGACGCCCCCGCCCCACCCCACCCCCACUCAGGCUCAAUGCGUCCUUUGAAUAAAACAAGAUGUGAAGCCACAGGUUGUUGAAAAACAAAACGCUCUGCUCGUCACCAAACCUACCACAAUAUGAAUCUCAUUUUAAACUUAAUUAAUUGUAAAUAAUAUAUGAUAAUGAAUAAAAAGUGAGGAUGCGCCAAACGGAUAUUAAUUGACUUGCGCAUCCA